AUGUUUACCAGAGGAGCAGAGAGGAGCAGAGAGGAGCAGAGAGGAGCAGAGAGGAGCAGAGAGGAGCAGAGAGAGGAGCAGAGAGAAGCAGAGCAGAGAAGAGCAGAGAAGAGCAGAGAAGUGCAGAGAGGAGCGGAGAGAGGAGCAGAGAGAGGAGCAGAGAGGAGCAGAGCAGAGCAGAGAGAGGAGCAGAGAGGAGCAGAGAGGACCAGAGAGGAGCAGCGAGGAGCAGAGAGAGGCAGAGAGAGGAGCAGAGAGAGGCAGAGAAGAGCAGAGAGGAGCAGAGAGAGGCAGAGAGAGGAGCAGAGAGGAGCAGAGAGGAGCAGAGAGGAGCAGAGAGGAGCAGAGAGGAGCAGAGAGAGGCAGAGAGAGGCAGAGAGAGGAGCAGAGAGGAGCAGAGAGGAGCAGAGAGAGGCAGAGAGAGGAGCAGAGAGGAGCAGAGAGGAGCAGAGAGGAGCAGAGAAGAGCAGAGAGGAGCAGAGAGGAGCAGAGAGGAGCAGAGAGAGAGAGAGAGGAGCAGAGAAGAGCAGAGAGGAGCAGAGAGGAGCAGAGAGAGGAGCAGAGAAGAGAAGAGAGGAUCAGAAAGAGGAGCACAGAGGAGCAGAGAAGUCCAAGGAAGAGCAGACUGAGGAGCAGAGAAGACAUUUUCUCGUACACAAUGUCUCCUGCCUGCAGGUGGAGUAUCGCUUUGGCACAGAUCUGUGUCCUGGCAGAACUGCUUUUCCAUACGACCAUUAA